UUGGAAACAGCCCCCUGAGUGCUCCCGAAUUUCCUGCUUCCCAUCUUCUCCCGGAGACGCUGCAAACAGCCUAUACCAGGUGCCUUAGCUCUGCUAAGGAGGAGUGGAGCUGGGCAGUGCUAAUCAGUUGACUCUGGCAGUCACACAUACUGUAAACAGAAAGGCAGGAAAGUAAAUGGGACGUCAGCUGUAGCUGUCAAAGAGCUCCCUGAAUGAUCCUCUGGAGCUGGGAGGCAGCUGUUUGCACACACAUGCUCGCACACCAAACACCGCUAAGCUCUUCCAACCUCUGAUGUGUGCCUGAGCCAGGAUGGAGAGUAUUAGCAACAGCCUGAAGAAUAAAGCAACCGAGAGACAUCACAGAGCAGAGGUGAUGAUUGCAGGAGAGCAGCUGAGGCUUCGACUUCAUGAUGGAAAGCUCAUUAAGGACAGGCGCCACCACCUUCGAACGUACCCCAACUGCUUUGUUGCAAAGGAGCUUACAGACUGGCUGAUUGACCACAAGGAAGCACCAGACCGAGAGACGGGUAUCCGCCUAAUGCAGAAGCUAAUGGACCAUUACAUCAUCCAUCAUGUUUGUGAUGAACACUCGGACUACAAGGAUGCCAAGUUGCUCUACCGUUUCCGCAAGGACGACGGGACCUUCCCUCUCAACAAGGAUGUAAAGGUGUUCCUGAGGGGGCAGAGCCUUUAUGAGACGCUGAUCAAUGUAGAAGACUCCAUAAUGAAGGCGAGAGAGGAGAAUUCUGUGAAGUACCAGAGGACAUUCCUGGGCUGUGAAAUGAUUGACUGGCUCAUCCAGGAAGGGGAGACAGCAAACAGAAAGGAAGCUGUGGAGCUGGGCCGAGCGCUGCUGGAACAUGGGAUCAUUCAGCAUGUCUCCGGCAAGCACCACUUCUUUGACAGUAACCUGCUCUACCAGUUCCGGAUCAACUUCCGCCGGAGGCGACGGCUCACAGAACUGCUCAACGAGAACUCGCCCCGGGCUUUGUCAGAGAGUCCUGACAGCCCCUUCUGCCUCCGCAAGCUCAACCCGGAGCAAGGCAACUCCAGCUUCCUCUCAGUCCAGCCCAACAAGGAGAUCAAAAUAGUCUCAGCAGUGCGGAGGAGCAGCGUCACCUCUCUUGCUGGAAGUUCCAACCCCUAUUUCGCUCCUACGCCCAGCCUGGGAUUCCUGCCAGCAGCUGAAUGCAACCCCAAAUCAGUGCUAAAGAAGCCUGUCACCAAUGAGGAGCUCCUGUCCCCCGGGGCUCCAUACAUCAAGAAGACACUAACCAUUGUGGGGGAUGCUGUGGGCUGGGGGUUUGUGGUCCGUGGAGGGAGACCCUGCCAUAUCCAGGCUGUGGACCCAGGAGGACCGGCUGCUGCAGCAGGCAUGAAGGUGUGUCAGUUUGUUUUCUCUGUGAACGGAAUGUACGUUCUGCAUUUGGACUAUCCGACCAUCAGCAGCCUCAUCAUGACGGGACCGCGAACGCUUGUUCUGGAGGUCAUGGAAGCCAUUGAAUAAGUGAAGAAUCCUCUCCUCAUCACUGAUCCAAGAGGCAGGAUGCUUCAGCUACUAAGGGAUGGAGUGAUCAUUUACAUGAGUCUGCUAAAAUUAGGGGACGGACCAAACCUGGUGUCUCCUCCUAAGAGACUAGGCCUGAAAUGUAGCCUGACAUUUUGACUUGUCUGAAGUAAUUGGAAUCUGAUGGGGAAGGUCUCUUUGGCUCAGACAGGACUGAGGUAUUCGUGGCUCAGUGCCUAAUCCUGAGAGAUGAUGAGCACUCACAACUCCUUUUAGGUUAUGUCUACACUACCCACCGGAUCAGGAGGUAGUGAUCGAUCUACCAGGGAUCAAUGUAUCGCGUCUCGCCUAGACGCGAUACAUCGAUCCCCGAACGCUCUGACAUCGACUCCGGAACUCCACCAGGGUGAGAGGCAGAAGUGGAGUCGACGGGGGAACAGCGGCCGUUGAUCCCGCGCCGCGAGGACGUGAAGUAAGUCAAUCUAAGAUACGUUGACUUCAGCUACGCUAUUCUCGUAGCUGAAGUUGCGUAUCUUAGAUCGAUUUUCCCUCCCUAGUGUAGACCAGGCCUUAGCGUCAAUGGAGGUGCUCGAUCACACUCAGGAUUGGGUCCUUAGCGCACAUGGUCCUUUCACCUACAAGGACCUGAGGUCAAGUCGCAAGUUAAGUAAGAAUUGAACUGAGUUUGUUUGAUCUCCAGGAACUGGUAAGUGAGGAGAAGCUUGUUGUUUUUGUUUAAAAAACCUACCAUUCUGUGUGAUGACCCAGAGCAGAAUAUCUGAGCUCAGGAGACUGCCCGGCACCAAGAGUCAACGAAAAACGCCUUAUUUGAAAGCUGUACGCAUUCCAGAUGAUGCUGUACAUGGCGCUGGUGACCACAUCAAGAAAUAAAGGAAAGAAUGCCCCAGUGAGUUACGUUUCCUUAUAAACAGGAAAGAGACCCCUUUUCCAGAUGGAAGUUGACAUACUCAAGGGAAAUAACUUUUAUUUUUGAAGCAUCUAAGCGGUUUCCAACAUUUAAAUGUUUGAAAAUGUCUUUUUAAACUAUAUUUUUAAAACUACUGUAGCUGAAAGUGUCUUUUUUAAAUAAAAUCUGUUUAGAUGUUGA